AAACAGACCGGGUGCAAAGUCCACUGACAGCAGUGGAACGACUGUCACUACCAUCCCCACUGGACACUAAGAGUUUCAAGCCAUUGUCACAUUUAGCCUGAUCAUAAUGGAGAUUCCAGUAUUUACAGUAGAUGCCUUCACAAAUUUACCAUUCAAGGGAAACCCUGCGGCAAUUUGUCCACUUAUGCAUGAACUGAAUGAUGACUUGUAUCAGAAGAUAGCAGCAGAGAUGAACCUGUCAGAAACAGCUUUCAUCACCAGGAUCAACCCCUCCGACAAUUUUACUACAGGAUCAAGGUUCCGCCUUCGAUGGUUUACACCAACCAAUGAAGUGAAUCUGUGUGGUCAUGCCACUCUGGCCUCUGCAGCAGUGCUGUUCCAGUAUAAUAAAAAUGUGAAUCCCAUACUGGUGUUUGAGACCAGGAGUGGAGAUCUGGCUGUCACCCAGAAGGGGGAAGGGUACAUCAUGGACUUCCCUCUCAACGCACCCACCCCGGAGGAUCCCAAUGAGUUCAGAGACAUCAUCAAGGCUGCAGUUGGAAACCACGCAGUCCAGGAAGUCUAUCUGAGCUCUAAUACUAAGAAACUGCUGAUUCGACUGGCUGACAGCUGUGACAGGUCAGUGCUAACCAGUCUGAAAGUUGACCCUGUUGCUCUUCAGAGCAGUGACAAGAGUGGAAAAGUAGGAGGAGUCAUCGUCACCAUGAAAGGAUCCCCAGACUGCCAGCCGGGAUACGACUUUUACUCCAGAUUCUUUGCUCCAUGGAACGGCAUCCCUGAGGAUCCCGUCACUGGUUCUGCCCACACUGUGCUAGGAGGCUACUGGUCUAAGAAACUAGGAAAAAAGAAAAUGCUGGCUUACCAGUGCUCCAGACGAGGCGGAGAGCUGGAACUAGAAGUGAGAGACGACGGAAGAAUCAAUAUAGCUGGACAGACUGUCACUGUACUGCAGGGAACAAUCACACUGUAGCAACAGACACAUGCAAGCAAAGAGGGUUGGGGAUGAUGGGUCAUUAUGUACCUGCACACAGAAGCAGACGCAGGUUUCGUACCAUUUCAUAAAAAAAU